ACUCAAUCGCAGGCUAAAGUGAAAGUGCAGAAAUGGCGACGCUUCUCGUUUCCCUAUUUCUAAAUCUUGCUGUGCGUCACCGAUGUGCGUCCAGCUACAGAUAUGUUAUGUUUAGACCUUAAACUUGCCAGCCAUACGUGACACAGGCACACCACCAUAUCGGCGCCAUGACCCACAGCCCAGGAUCUAUUCGCACAGAAACAUUCGUAUAGCGAGGGCGCUGGUUUGGUCGAUCAGUCUUUUCACAGAACGGGAGAGAAGGACAGGGAGGGCAGAGGGGAUCACCCAGGCUCGGGGCGGUAGAGCCAAAAUACAUCGCUAAGAAAUGGCCGGAAGGUUGUUCUGGAGCCGAAGCUGGACAGUGCCUAUUGUCAUUCUAGGGCUUCUCGCCAUUUCUAGCCGGGCUGAGGAGGAUACCUUUAGUGCAGAGUCUUGGCUUCAGUCGUAUGGAUACAUCCCUCAAGGUGGCUUACGAAUGUCCACGAUGAGAUCAGCGCAGACACUCUCCAGUGCCAUUGCUAACAUGCAGAGGUUCUACGGAAUUCAAGUAACAGGGGAACUGGAUGAAAACACAAAACUAUGGAUGAAGAAACCCCGCUGUGGUGUUCCUGACAACUUUGGUUCAGAAAUCAAGGCAAACCUGCGUCGUAAACGGUAUGCCCUCACAGGGCAAAAGUGGAACCGGGACCAUGUCACAUUCAGUAUUCAAAACUAUACACCCAAAGUGGGGGAGCUUAAGUCAUACCAGGCCAUCCGGAAGGCUUUUGCAGUCUGGCAGAAAGUUACACCAUUAACCUUUGAGGAGAUUCCUUAUUAUGAUAUUCGAUAUGGCCGCAGAAAGAAUGCAGACAUCAUGGUCUUCUUUGCCUCUGGUUUCCAUGGGGACAGUUCUCCAUUUGAUGGUGAGGGUGGUUUCCUUGCUCAUGCCUACUUCCCUGGCCCUGGAAUGGGUGGUGACACACAUUUUGAUUCAGAUGAGCCCUGGACACUGGAUAACAUUAACCUUCAGGGGAAUGACCUGUUCCUUGUGGCAGUGCAUGAGUUGGGCCAUGCUCUGGGCCUAGAACAUUCUAAUAACCCGAGUGCCAUUAUGGCACCCUUUUACCAAUGGAUGGAUACAGAGAGAUUUGAGCUUCCAGAAGAUGAUCUGAGGGGGAUACAGCGAAUUUAUGGUCCACCAGAAAGCAAACCCAAACCUACAAAUUCAUUGCCAACUGUGACACCACGGAGACCAAAGAAACCCAAAACACCUUCGGAGAGAAAGCCAUCUCCCAGGGACCCUGAUUCCGAUAAUCCCAGGUCUACUGAUGGACCUACCCAGUAUGGUCCUAAUAUAUGCGAUGGCAAUUUUGAUUCUGUGACCAUGCUGCGGGGAGAAAUGUUUGUAUUUAAGGGUCUUUGGUUCUGGAGGGUUCGAAAUAACCGAGUACUCGACAACUACCCAAUGCCUAUCGGCCAUUUCUGGAGAGGACUGCCAGCUAAUAUUGAUGCAGCAUAUGAACGCCAUGAUGGAAAGUUUGUAUUUUUUAAAGGUGACAAAUUCUGGCUGUUCAAUGAAGCAAUGUUGGAGCCGGGAUAUCCUCGUCAUCUGAUGGGACUUGGUGCUGGAAUGCCUGGUGACAGGAUUGAUGCAGCUAUUUGGUGGGAAAUCACCGGUCAGACAUACUUCUUCAGAGGUGACAGAUACUGGCGCUUCAGUGAAGAGAGGAGAGCAGUAGAUAAUGGCUAUCCAAAGCCUAUCAGCAUUUGGAAAGGAAUCCCACCUUCACCAAAGGGGGCCUUCCUUUCUGAUGAUGGAGCUUACACACAUUUUUACAAAGGUACCAAAUACUGGAAGUUUAACAACCAGUUGCUGAGAACAGAACCUGGUUAUCCAAAAUCCAUUCUUCGUGACUGGAUGGGAUGCCAUCAGGAUGUUGAACCUGGUUUUGAUGAAAAGGAGCCUACUAUUGAUAUUGAUGAUUCUGAUGAUACUAAUGACAUUGAUGACGAAGAUGAUAAAGAAGGUGAGACCAGAGAAGAGGAGGACAAAAAGAGGGAAGAAGAAGUGGAUAUCCAUAUUAAUAUCCCCGUGGAUGACUACACUAGAACAAUGAAUAUAGUAAUUGUCAUUGUUCCAUUAAUUCUGCUGCUCUGCAUUUUGGGAUUGAUCUAUGCCAUCCUCCAGCUGCAAAAGAAAGGAACACCAAGACUCUUGCUGUACUGUAAACGGUCAAUGCAGGAAUGGGUUUGACUCUGUCAUUGGUGCUGUUACUCGAUGGCUCACAGUUGGGUCACAGUCAUUGAGCCCAGGUGACAUUACUUCUCAAUUUUGUUAUUUUAUUUUAUACAGUCCUGCUCAAUGAUGUUAAAUAAGGCAUUAACAUAAGAAACAUAGAGAAUUUGAGGUAUUUUGAAGUGGUGCCAGUGUUAUUGGGUUAAAAGAAUUUGUGAUCUGGUUCCAAGGAAUGCUUUCCAAACCUCUUUAUCUCCAGACCCUUAAAUUGUGCUGAGUGGGAUGGUACAAAAUUUUGAAGCCUGGCCUGAGUAAAAAUUCCUAUUGGGCUUCCAAGAGGAGUUUCACUGGCUGGAGAUGAUGAGCCACAAGGCACAAAUCACUUGAAAUAACUAAUACAGUAUGUGUACAUUAUUCAUUAGGGUUAAUUCAUAAGUAAUUUUUAUCCAACCCCACUGCUUUUAGUCCUCUGAAAUAUUUCCACUCCUGAGCUGAAGAAAGAUUUUCUGCAUAUUGGCUAGAAUCAUCAUAAUUUGGUGAUAGGACAACUGCUGAUAACUACAGUGAGUCAUAAAAAAAUCCACAUUCAUUGGAGCAGGUUCCAAAAAUUGCCUUGUUUCUUCAUACCUUAGAGUUGCAGUUACACUAAUUAUAUCCAGAGAGCUUUAAUAAAACAGCUGUAUAACUGGGAGAUAUAUAUAAUUCCAUUGCAUCUUUGUAAGUUACUUAGUGUAACUUACUAUAAGCACUUGGAAAUUGUCCUAUUACUUAGACUUAGCUAAUUCUAUGAGAUGUCCUGUCAACAUUAUGACUCUUGUAUGGUUACACUUGUUCUACUGAAAGAAGGUCAUUCUGUUUCUCUCUUUUUUAGUAGAGGACCAAAGAACUUUAUCAACUUCUUUUUAAAGCUUUGCACUUGUGCCUUUCCGACAAGUUGGGUUGUUGCUGCCACAAAAGCAUCACAAAAAUAGUUUACCAGAAGUCCUGGCUUACCUUCUCAGGCUAAAAGCAGGGUCUCCUUGACAGUAACCUAACUCUGGGCUGGAAUCUAGAGGCUGAUCCCUGCUGAUUGCAGACUUGUCUCUCCUGGUGAAAGACUAAAACCUGCUGAUUACAAUCAUUCUUACAAGCUAGAUCGACGCAGAGUUCUAACUGGAUAGAGCUACCUGUUAAAAAUUCCAAUUAUGGAUAGUUUACAUUCUGAUUGUUGUUUCAUCUGUAGAAUAUGUUGUACAUAAAGAGUGAAGAUGUCCUUGUUAGCACUUUGAAUCUAUUAAACGAUCUAUGUCUGAAUUGGAGGCAGAAAUGCAAUAGAAUGGGGAUAAUCAGUUAGUGGAGGAUAUUUCAUGAGGAUAAUCUGUCAGCUGAUUGGCUUUGAUUUAAGAAGAAUUUGUAAAUAAGAACAUAAUGGAUGCCUAAGGAAUAGGCUUGUCAUUUUUUGCCAAUUUCAAGAUUCAGCUUUGGAAGAAUUCAUAUUUGUAGUCUUUAUUUCAACACCUGCUACGAAAAGGUCAUCAAGGUUGCCCUAAAAUAUAGUAAGAGUUAACUUUCACCUUUAACUUUUAAUGAGCUGCAGGAAGUCUUAUGAUGUGUUGUUUCUUCAUUAUUUAUUCACAAUUCCCUCGAAGAAAUUAUGGAGAUACAUAGGAGUCAGGUUAGAUGUGCAAUCAACAAAAGUGAACUCUAUCUCUUUGUCUUCUCUGAAGACUAUUGAUACAAUUUUUAUCUGCCAGUCCAGUAGUAAGAGUUGGAUGAUCCAAAAUUUCCUCCACUUUUCUUUCAAUAAAUCGGAAAACAUUUUCAGCAGCUCAUGAGCCUCUGUAGUUGCACAUCAGUCUAAAUCAGCCUAUGUAGAACUUUGCUACAUUGCUCAACUCAGUUAUUAAAACUACCACUAUGUAUGCUGCACCUCUUCCACCUUCACUUCCUAUAUUAGUCCACGACUUGGUCACAUCUAAUGUUUUCCAGCCAGUUUCCUUGUUUUCAACUUGAACAAAAUACAACAUAUUUAGCACUCUAUGGUUUGCCUUCUGCUUGCAAGAAUUCUUCAUUUGCGUCAUUCCAGCCUUUUCUAAAGUCUGUUAGCUUGCCAUGCUCCAAGAAUAUUGACUUCAACAUUGUAAUGCUUUACUUCAAAUCCAUAGCUCCCUCCCACAUUUCCUGCUUCCAUUUAAACUUCCCAACACACACUUAUUUUUUCUGUUUUAUGUGCCUUUGAGUAUGUCAUUGGACAAUUUCAGCUGUGAUCUGUUCUCCUACUACUUCUCUUCUUGCCUUGCAAACCUCUGAAACCAUUCUGUUUGUGCAUUUUCUCUUACAUUAGAUUUUAACAGUCACAUUUUGUAAAGUCAAACAUGUCAUAAUUAUUUUUCUUUUCAUGAGGAUCAUCAAAGCAAUGUAAUUACUGAUUGUUGCAUUACCUAGGUAUCCAGAAAGUUUUUUUUUACAGAGUAAUGCCCAAGAACCUGCAACAAAGUGAUGAAAGUUCAAUGUAAAACCUGGAAAUGAUGAAGGAAGUGGUUAGUGUUUAGGAAGCAACAGACAUUUGUUAGCAGAUUUUCAUUGAGUACACCAGUGAGGGUGGGUGGUGGAGGGAAGAAGGGUCCCUACCCAAAAUGUUAACUUCGCUGCUCUUCUAUUGCUGCCUGCCCUGCUGUGUUUUUCCAACUCCAUAUUGUGAUGUCUCUGACUCCAGUAUCUGCAGUUCUUGCUAUCUCUGAGGGAAACAGUUACUGUUUUGUAUGGCCAAUAGGAUCUGCACUGGAAUUCCUUCUGUUUUAAGUAAAAUCUAAGGCUAAUACAUCAAAAAUGAAAAAAAAAAUGCAGAAUCAGGUGAUGCAAUCAAUAUUAGUGAGGCAGUCAAGAACGAGCUCGAUAAAUCUUUAAUUGGUAAUAAUAUCAUGGUGAAAUCAUGUGCAGGUAAAUGUUAGUUAAUGCACACCAGAAAGGAAAUGAUUGAUACACCAUGGCCUAUCUAAGGAUGAAACUGGAAGAGACCCGUGGUUGUAUGUAGAGUUGACAUUUGAAGUAAAAUAAUAUUAAAGCAGUUAAAAUUUUGAGUUAAGUUAGAAAAAAUAAUUAAGCUAUUUAUAUUACAGCACUUCGGUCAAAAUCUAGAGUUCCUUAAAAAGAUAUUCGAAUCGCCUAGCUGGUGCAUAGAAGAUUCUUGAAGCAUUUAGCUAAUGCCAGAGAAAUGGAGUUAAAAGGGAACCCUAUAGAAAUAUUAUUUCUUCAGUCUUGAUUGGAGAUGACUGAGAGGUGAGCUUAAGGUCAAUAUAAAAUGAUAAAGUUUGGAACUUUACCAAGUUAAACUAACAAAAGGGAAACAAAACACAGAUGCAGUCUUCAAAAGGUAAAUUUGGGUCUAAUGUCUGGAAGUUCUUUUGUAGAAUAACAAGUAUUUGAAAUGGAUUUCCAGGCAAGGCAGCCAAAACUUUGGAAUCAUUAAGAGACAGUUGAAAGAUGUGAUUAGAAUUGCAGAUAUUUCCAUUUGCUCAACCCAAUGGCCUCGCACUUCUGUAAUGCCUUUGUGCCUUUGGAAUCGUACAUUUCAAUUUCUGGGCAGCCAGUCACAUGUUGCAUUUUGUCAUAAGGUGUAGGGAGACCGAAGAAAGAUGUUCUCUCUUGGAUAAUGACCACAUGUUGUGGAUUAUUACAGGGUCACAGCUAAUGUUUUAGAUUUGUUCAGACUGUCCACUGAAAGCCUUGGUUGGCUGAUCCAAAACAAAACGGGUGGCAGUUCUGAUCAGGACACUGCAUGAUCACCCUGGUUCCAUAUGUCACACUGCAUGUGACUGUAUGUUAAGUAUUAAUAAAAAGUGGGAGCAUCUAACAGUCUUUCUCUUCAUUUUAUCCAAACUGUUACAGGUUGCAGUUUAAAGUCUAAAACUUUCAGAAUCAUGACUUAGAACCAACUUAAUUAGAAUCAGACUUAUUUUUUGGAGGUUAACUCUUUAAUCAGUCCAUAAUAGUGUGGUGAUUUCAAGGUACCUUUUAAAAUUGGUGCUAAUUUCUGAUAAUGGGAAGGUAUCCAACAGUGACUUCAUUCAGGGUAUUACAAUGUGAUCUGGGCAGCUAACAGUGUAUUUUGUACAUAGUACAGCUAGGCAGUCAUACAUUACAAUUGUAUUGCGGGUAUUUACAAAACAAUAAUAACUAAAUAAAUAUGGGAGCAUCACCACUGAACUCUUUUUGUUGUUCAACACAGGCUUCUGCACUUGUGUAAAUUAGCCAUCACAGUGAUGGUAUACAAACAUCGCUAAGCUGCAAUAAUGACUGUCACUCAAUGUUCCUAGAAAUCAUGCAGUUUGGAAACAAAUGUUAUACAUAUGGUUAUACUUUAAAAUAGCGUCAUGUAUUUAGAAUUUCUGAUGCUCAUUUUUAAAUUGGUUCAUGCUGGGCGUGUGUUAAAAUUAAAUGCCACAAAUGAAACUUCCUGCUCCUGCAA